AUAUGACAAACAAUUCUCUCAAAAUCACCAGAUUAUGACAACUGUAAUGACAAAAUAUGUCGUCAUAACAUCUCUGUUUGUCACAAUAGACUACCCAGAACCUCAGUUAUACUAAAAGCAAAUGUGACAACCUUGUUUUAAAUUUUUGUCACAUUUGACCUAUCCUGACGACGAUAAAAUGACAAACCUUUGUGACAACACCUUUUGUCAUAUUAUAGCUAAUAUGACAAAAUGAGUAUCUAAUAUGACAAAUUUGUUUUGUCAUAAUAGGCCAAAUUUGUUGUAGUGGGAGGAUGGAGCUGAAACCAAAGGGAGAGAGCCUAUUGAGAGAAUACCUUUUCUUCCUAAGAUUUUAGAGAGAGAAAUGAUAAACCAAGAGAGAAGAUUGGUGAUUAUCACCUUCCUAAGGUGAUUUCUACAAUAAGGAAGGAAGUCACAAGCCACAUCCAAUGUUCAAGAAGACUCUAGGCGUCAACUAGGCGGAGAGGCACCACUCAGCGCCCAGGGCGAUUAAUCCUCGCCUAGACGAGAUUAAACGUGGAAAAAAAUCAAACUAAGAAGCCCUUAAUCCACCAUACUAAUGCCUACAAAUCUCCAUCCAACAUACCAUUACCCCUUUUUCACUUAAAUCAAUAGCAUACCCUACUACCCUUUAUCAUUAAUUCAUUAUUUAUCAACCCACCAAACGAGAGAGGGAAGGACGAGUGAGUCACAAACUUUCACCAACUAGAUGAUGGUGAUAGUGAUGAUAACUAUGGAGACCGGCGACGACAACUUUGGAGGAAGACUGUGCGAUGGCGGCGAGGACGAGGCGCAUCGUGAUGGCGGAAAGGACAAGGUGCACUGCGAUGGCGGCGAGGACGAGGCGCAAUAGAUGCUUGCGACGACCACCCAAUGCGAUGCUGGAGACGGCAACGACAGUCUGCUGUAGAGGAGGGACGAUCGCGACGGCUAGAGAGGAGGGAAAGCUACGACGCGUGAUUGCUGUGGAAGAGGGAGAGGUGCUCGUCUGCUACCCGAUUGGAAAUGAAAGGGAUUAGGAUUUUUUUGGGCCAAACACAACAACAUCUCCUCCCCCUUCUCCUGCUCUAGGCGUCACCAAUAGCUAGGAAUCGCGACUUUGAGCUACUAAUCGCCGCCUCGGCGUUUUUCAAUGCGAUUCUGCGUUUUGCAUGCCCAACCACUUCGCCUAGGGCUAGACUCCACGAUUUCCCCUUGCCCAGCGCCUAAUUGCGCCUAGGCGCUCGCCUAGAUACUGGCCACACCAUGGUUCUUCUUCUUCUCUUUGUUGUAAUCUCUAGUUUGACAAUGGAGUAGUACUCUUUUUCACUUGGGUAUUGUAAACCCUAGCUUUAGAUAUGUGAUAGAUUGUAUGAAUUGAAUGCUAUGUGUGUGGGUUUGUGUUUAAUGCAAAGUUUGAGGUAUUUUCAGAAUGUUUGAGUUCAGUUCUUCAUUUCUCAUUACAAUGCCAAUUUGACCUAGGUGGAGAUAAAUCCCCUAGUUUACUAAGAGUCUUUGAAAAGCUGGGUUUAUUGGACAUUUGAGCAUCCCAUCUAGGGCAAUUUUGGGCAAGCCUCAAGUUUUGAUUUAACACUUUAAUUUGGUUAUUAUCUUGUCGUCCGUAUUAAGUUCCGAGAGAGUAGCCUUACCAACCCUUGGUUGAGCGGCCAAGAGAGCUAGUUUGCUAGCUUUAAUUGUUGUGCCUUGCCCUAUCACCCAAGAGAGUGACGUUUCUUCACUAGUUGCGCUCUCAUCACGGUGUAUGAGCACAUUCCUACACAUUGACCUUCUAUUUGGUCGAUCUUGAUAUAUAGCUAGAGUGAGCAAUACCCGGGCGAAGCUUUCUUAUCUAGAUUCUAAACCAAUUUAUUUUCUUGCUUGUUUCAAUUGUAAACCUUAGUUACUAAAAAUCUAUUGCUAGAUAAUAUUUUACACGAUUGAAGUAGGGGUACAUAGACCAACCCGAGUUGACAAUUAAAACACUUAUCCUAU